CUAAUAAUUCAUCUAUUGGUUCUCUCAGUCCCAGCCACAUAUUUUGCAUUUUUGACUUUAAGAAGCUGAGGCCGAAUGCUCAGUUGGAAGAUCAAAUACAUCCUCUUCAAGUAUUUGGAGACAGUUAGAAAGAGGCGUUUUUGCAUUUGGAUGGCUGUUUUCUGAAAUGCACCACUGCCAAGACAGCAGUCUUGGUUCAUGCAUCCUGUCAGUACUCAAGAGAUAAAAAGGAAUGGCAAGAAAGACCUGUGUGUGACUGCUCUACCUUGGAGACCUUUCUACUGAAUCAGCAGAUCCAUGAGCUCCUUAGAGCACAAAGCAGGCUCAAGAUGCUGAGCCGUUUGUCAGGUUUAGCAAGUACUGUUUUACAAGAGCUGUCCGGGGAGGAUGGAGAUGCAGUUACUGAACCAUCUAUUGCUGUAGAAACUUUGCAGUCAGAAACAGAAAGCAUGGAGGAGGCACCUGAGGAGCUGUUGGAGCGCCUAGCCCAAACAGAAAAGCUGGUUGUUCAGCUGAAGGAUUUGAUUCGAGAAAAGGAUGCCCUGCUCCAGGAAAAAGAAACUGUAUUCAAGGAAGAGCGAGAGGCCAUGGAUGCGAAGCUGAUGAAACUUAAGCUUCAAGCCAAAGCCAAACUGGCGUCUCUGAACAAACGCAUCGAGGAGCUGACACAGAAAGGAUCACCACUGCCUAUGCAGGCCUUAGCAGAUGAGCUGGAGUAUCCCAAGAAAAAUGAAAAUACAAGUGAAGGGCACAGAGAGGAAGUGGAAGUACUGAAAGAGCAGCUCAGGGAGCAAGAGGAGACUGUUCAGGACCUGAAGAAACAGCUGGCUGUAGCCAGAGUGAAUCUGAAAGAUGCUGAAAUCAAGUAUGCAACACAGCUGAGUUCCCUGCAGGAAGUGAUUCAGGAGAAGGAAGCUCUCCUGGAAGAGCAUGUGCACCAGCAUCAAUCUGAAUUGCUCAAGAUGGCAGUCCAGUCAGAUAUGGAAGUAGAGAUGCAACAGAACCUGCGCACACUCCAGAGGAAGCUCGAGGAGCAGGAAGCAGCUCUGUUAGGACGAACUCAGGUGGUAGAACUGCUGCAGCAGGAGUUACACGCUGCUGAAAAACAAAACCAGACACUCCUAAAUCAGUGCCAGAAGAUGGAAGUGGAACUAAGCUCCACGAGGGAUGUGCUAGAUGCAGAGAGACGAGGCUCUCAGGAUCUCAGGGAGAGGAUGGAGCUGGAACUUGCUGAGAGGAAGCUGUCUUCCCAUCGCUUGCAGGAGGAGGUGCAGCAUCUCUCAGAAGAGCUGGAGAAAGCAAGAAGAGCACAAGCUGAACUAGAGGUGAAGUAUAAAGACCUGGAAGAGCAGCACAGGCUGGAGGUAGAAGAGAAAAACCGGCUGCUCAGUUGUCUCAUGGUGGCUGAACAAGAGCUGCAAUGUGGCCGUGCUGUCCUUGGAGCUGAGAAGGACCAGCUGGAGCAGGACGUUGGCCAGCCCCUGGCUCCAUCUGUGGAGCAUGGAGCUGCAGCACACGGACCAUUGGAUGGACUUCUACAGAAACCUGAAGAAUUUGUACUCUGUCAGGAUGAGCCGAAAUCCCAGCCACAAGUGCAGCUCUCUGAACUGGAGCAGCAGGAUGAAUCAACUUCAAAGGAAGAAAAAGUAGAUCAGGAAGACCAGAAUGAGACUUCAUUCCUACCCAUAGAAAACUUGGAAAGACGGAAGACAGAAGAAAUACCAUAUUUGCAACCUAGUCUCCAGGAAUCUCAGCAGGAAGCUGUGAUGGUCACAGAAGAUGCAGAACAGAAUAAGAAUAUUGGUGCUGAUGCAGAAUUGCAAGACUCUGUGGAAGCUCCAGCCUCUUAUGUAGACUGGUCUUCUUCUACAGGUGUGUCAGGAGAGCUGGUGAAUUCUGAAAUGCAAAAGCCUUUUGGUGACACUUCCAUCCUCUCUGAGGCAAGAACAGAUGGCUUUACCAAUGGAAGCAAGCAGUUUACUGAGAAAAGUUGUCCACCUGGAAUUCUAGAAUAUAUUGCUGCAGAGAAACAGAAAGAGCUGUCAGUUUUGCUGCUGGAACUGAAAGAAGCCCAAGAAGAAAUAACUUUCCUGAAAAGCCAGCUCAAGGGUCCCAGUGACCAAACUUCUAUAGGCAAUCAAACAGAAGAGAAUUCACAGACACAGUGUCUGGAGAGGGAAGAGCAGAAGGCCUCAGAUACACAGUGUGUCUCAUUACUGAGAGAAACAGAAAUGCAACAAAGUGGCUUUCUUCAGGAAAAUGUAAUCAGUCUCCAAGAAGAGCCUCAGGGAAGCCCUGGCACCUCUCAAUCUCAAGAACUAAUAAAAUUACAAAACCAAAUUGCAGAACUGCAAAUAAUUCUGCAGAAAUCAGAAGAAUCCUUUAGGAAAGAACUAGAAGAAAAAUGUGCAGAAAUAAAUAGGCUAAACCAGUUGGCUGAGGAAUACAGAAAAACAGGAGAGGAUCCUGACAGUACACUUUGUGUUUUGACUGAAGAACAAGAUCAGUUCUUGUGUCACGCAAAAGAACUAUCUACCGUAACAGAGCUGAAGGAGCAAGUUAAGCAGCUGGAGGCAGAGCUAGCUCUUUCAGAAAAGCAGAGACUGUCAGACAGUCAAAGCAGUCUUCUAAGAGAGCAAAUCCAGAGCCUUAAAAAUGAGUUUAAAUCCAAGGAUAUAAAAAUUGAAGCUUUGCAAAAGGACUUGGAUGCUGCACAACUUCAGCUUUCUGACCAGGACAUGCAACUAAAGGAUCUGAGAGGCCAGGUUGAGACAAAGGAAUGUGAAGUACUGGAUCUAGAGCAACUUUUGAGGAAGAAUACAGCAGAGAUGGAAGAGCUUUCCCACAAGUUAGCCUUAAAGGGACACGAAGCAGCAAGCCUAGAACAGCUUGUUGCUGAGCACAGCAGGUCUAUAGAGAGCCUGCAACAAGCCUUGCUGGAAAAGGACCAACAGAUGGCAGAGAUCAGUGUCAGCAUGUCUGAGAAAAUGGUUCUGCUGAAUGAAGAGAAAUUUUCUCUAGGAAAUGAGCUGAAGAGUCUUAAGGAGCAGGCAAGUCUUUUAUUAAAAGCCCAGGAAGAAAAAGAACAGAACAUAGGAGCAAAAGGUGCAUGUCUGAAAUGUGGGGCAUCUGAGCAGCAGAAUGAGACCGAAGCAGUGAGCAAAGAAAAGGAGGAGUUAGUAAAUCAAAUUGAACUUCUAAGAAAAGAAAACGAGCAAGUGAAGCGGAAGCUGCAAGCAGCACUUGUGAACAGGAAGGAGCUUCUGAAGAAAGUAACCAGACUGGAGAAUGAAUUAGAACAACUGAGUAGAGAACAAAAAUCAGAAACCUCAGUGGCUCCAGCAGCUGCAGGGGAAGAAAACAUGAGAAGUAUGAUCAGCAAAGAAAUGAGUCUUGAAAACCAGCCCGGUGAGGAAUAUCGAAUUCAGCUGCUUUCUGAAAAGGAAUCCGAGUUGCAGAGCAUCCGGAAGGAUAAAGAAACUACUGGAGCACAACUGCAGGCAGUGAUUGAGGAAAUGAGGCAAGGCUUGCAGGUUAAGGCUACCACUCUUUCAGUUACAGAUGAAAUCAUAGAGCAUCCUGACAAAUUAACUGAAACCAAUGAAAGCCCAGAAGGUGAUGAAGAAAAUGAAAAAAACAGCUCAGCAGGUACAAAUCUGGAAGAAAAACAAAAGUCUGCUCUUAAAGAAAGGAUUUCAGUUCUUGAACAAGAAAAAGAACAACUUCAAAAAAAACUUCAAGAAGCUCUGGUAUCUCGCAAAGACACUAUAAAAAAGGCUCAAGAAAAAGACAGGCAUCACAGAGAACAACUGAAACAGCAGAAAGAUGAUUACAACAUCCUGCAAGAACAAUUUGAUCAGCAAAGCAAAGAGAAGGACAGCAUCCAGGCUCAGCUCAGACAACUCCAGGAACAGAAAGGAUCAGCAGAGAGUGGUUUUGGGAGUCAAGGUAUGUUGGAUUCUUCGUGCAUGGAACCAGAACAUACAACAAAUAACAGGCCUGUACAAGUUGAAGAUGUUCCACCUGAGGAAGAGUUGAAAAAAAAAAUUGACACAUUGCAGACAGAGAAAGAGAAAUUGGAAUGUAAUGUCAGCUAUAUGCAAAGGGAACUUGCUCACAAAUCAGAAUUAAUCUUUGAUUUGCAACAGCACAUAGCACACUUGUUUGCAGAGAUAGAAGGGCUAAAGAGAGCCUCUGACCAAGCUGAAGCUAAGGAAGCAAGUCUUCAGACAGAACUGGAGGAGAGUCAGAGAAAAAUUUCUGAAGUGGCCAGUCUGGAAGACUUGAAAAUCCUUGUGCAUCAAAAAGAUGAAGAAAUGGAAUUUCUUAACCAGCAGUUAAAGGAGAAAAGUAAUGCUCUCAAUAAUGUGCAGGCACAAUUGCUGGAAAAGGAGGACUCAGUCAAAAGACUCUGUAGUCAGUUGGAAGCUCAGGCUCAGGUGCAUGAGGAGCAAAGCAAGCGACUGCAAACAGAGAUGCUUGAAAUUCAGAAGCAAGAGGACAAUGCAGAAGCAGCUAAACAGAAGAAUCAAAUGCAGAGAAAGUUACAAGCUGCACUUAUCUCUAGAAAAGAGGCACUGAAGGAGACCAAAUCUCUAAAAGAAGAGCUGGCUAAUGCUAAAACUACUAUUGACAAUCUUUCUGUCAAGCUGACAAAUAUGGAAAGCCAGAUAUGUGUCCGUGUUAAAGAAACAGAUACCUUAAGAGAAAAGUUAGUGUGCCUCACUGGAGAGCGAGAAAAACUUACUGUAGAAAUUGAUAAACUACUUAGAGAAAAUCAGAAUCUUGAUGAAUGCUGUAAAAACCUUAAACUUACUCUGGACAGAGUUGUUCUAGAGAAAGAGAAGGUGGAGAAGGAGAUGGAAUCAUUGAAGAGCUUUCAAGCCACUGAGAGUUCUGAGUGGCAGGAGAAAUACAAGGAGCUUCAGGAAGAAUAUGAAACUCUGCUGCAGUCAUAUGAGAAUGUGAGUAACGAGGCUGAGCGAAUUCAGUGUGUGUUGGAAACUGUUAGGCAGGAAAAGCAGGAAAUUUGCAUUCAGCUAAAAAGGACGGAAGCAAAAGAAGAGGAAACACAUAAACAGCUACAGGAAGCUGGACAAGAAAUUGAUGAAAUGAAGGAGAAAAUGAGGAAAUUUGCAAAAUCAAAGCAACAAAAGAUUCUGGAACUAGAGGAGGAGAAUGAGAAGCUUAGAGCAGAGAUGCAUUUUACCAAUGGAGAGCUACACAGGACUGGGGAGAGCGUUACAAACACUAGCCUGAAAGAAGAUCUGGAGUGCUCUAGGAGGGAGUGCCAGUCUCUUUCUACUCAGCUUGAGACAGUAAUGGCUGAAAAGGAAUCUCUUAAUCAAGAGAUCGUGGACUUGAAGUGCCUUCUGCAGGUAACAGAAACUAAGCUGAAGGAAAGCAGAGAACUUGUAGGCAAGUAUGUUGCCCAGCAGACAAUGGGAGAAGAAACUAAUGAAGCAGUUACCACACCAUCACUAAUGGAAAAGUCUGAAAAUCAAGUGGACAUAACUUUUAGACCCGAGCCUCCUGCUGCAGAGCUGGAACAAGAGGCAUUUGAAAGUCAUAGACCUUGUGAGGAUCCUGGUAUCUACAGACAGCAAAUAGCUGAGCUCACCAAGCGAGUCAUGGAGCUGGAAGAGAAUAGAAGGGCUUCAGAGCAACAGCUGGGUGACAUCCAGAGGUGUAUUGAGACUUUAGAAGGUGAGAAAGGGGCUUUAGAGCACCAAAUGGAAGAGAAAGCCCAUGAAGUAAAUGAUCUGCAGGCUACAGUAGCAAAGAUGGAGCAAAUGGUCCAAAAAGCUGAAGAUGACCUGGUCAGAAUGACAGCACUCAAGGAUGCUCUAGAAGCUGAAAAGGAUGACUUGGAAGAAAGGCUCAUGAAUCAGCUGGCAGAACUUAAUGGAAGUAUUGGAAACUAUCAGCAAGAUGCAACAGACUUCCAAAUCAAAAAUGAUCAACUGAAACAUGAGCUUCAGAGUUUGCAGAGAAUGAUGCAUGAUCUGGAGGAGGAGAAAAGUCAGAUGGCAAAGGAGAAAAGCAAAGCAAGUUCAGAAAAGCAAAAGGAAUUUGUAGAAAAGCUAAAAUACAAUUGGAGAGGAGAAAGCAGCACACAUAUAAAGGAGCUUCAGGAACUGCUGAAACAGAAACAGCAGGAGAUUAAGCAGCUGCAGAAGGACUGCAUUAAAAGCCAGGAAAAGAACAGUAGUUUAGAAAGAACGGUUAAAGCUCUGGAAUUUCUGCAGAGUGAGACUCAGAAAGAGGUAGAAGCAGCCAAAGAAACUUUAGCUAAAGCACUUGAAGACACCAAGAAAGCCCAGGCAGAGCUUGCUCUCUGCAGGGUGGUGUUGGAUGACACUCAGAGUGAGGCAGCAAGGGUUCUAGCAGAGAGUAUCAAAGUGAAAGAAGAGUUGCAAGCAAACAAAGAGAAAAUGAAAACUCAAAUGAAGAAAAAGGAUGAGGACUUUGAGAAAAGACUGGAACAGGAAAAACACAAGCACUCAAAGGAAAUAAAAAUCAUGGAAGAAAAGCUAGCAACAUUGCAGAGGGAGAAAGACCAUAUGGAAACAACAGUUGGUGAUCUGCAAGACUCCUUGAAGACAAAGGAUCAAGAAGCCAAGCAACUGGAAGGCAAUCUAAACAAAACACUAGCCCAGCUGGCAGCUUUCACCAGGAGCAUGUCUUCCCUUCAGGAUGAUAGGGAUAGAGUGAUAGAUGAAUCAAAAACAUGGGAGAAGAAAUUCACUGAAACUAUUCAAAAGAAGGAAGAAGAAAUACAGGCAAAAGAGGAAGCUUGUGUUGUGCUAAAGGACCAGAUGAAACACAUGGCCAUGCGUGUGAAAGAACUCCAGUCUCAAAUAUCCAGGCUGGAAUGCAACAAGAAGGACUGGGAGGCUGACUGCAGGAAGGAGAUUCAGCAUCAUCAAAAGACAUGUGAAAUUUUGCAGGAGGAAAAAAAAGCGCUUUUAACUCAGCUUGAGGGGUCUCAGGAACUGUACAGCAAGUCUCAGAAUGAGCAGCAAGAGCUGCAGUCAGAAAUCAGCAGCCUGAGAGACCAGCUUGCUGACUUACAGAAUUCCUUUACCAAAUGUGAGCUGGCCAGGGAAGAGCUGGGUACUGUGGUCAAGCAACAAGAGACCAGUAUCCAGAAUUUUAAACUCAAUUGUGAACAGCUUGAAGCUGAUCUGCAGGCUUCCAAGGACCUAACAAAUAAGCUGCAUGAAGAAACCAGUGCCAAAGAUCAAAAGAUCAUGAGUUUGCUGUCUGCCAAAGAAGAAGCAGUGAUGGCUGCUCUAGCUGAAUUACAGCAGCAGCAUUCUGAAGAGGUGAAAGAGUUGGAGUGUAGGCUAAGUAAGGAGGAAGAAGAUAAAAAAGCCUUGGAAAAUGAGAAGAACAAAUGUCUUGACAAACUUGAUCAUCUUACUGAAAAGAUGAAGAUAAGCAGAGAAGAGAGUAAGCAGCAGAAAGCACAACUGGACUCCUUCACCAAGUCCAUGUCAUCUCUGCAGGAUGACCGCGACCGCAUACUGAGGGACUACAAGCAGCUUGAGGAACGCCAUCUUGUUAUAAUCUUGGAAAAAGACCAGCUAAUUCAGGAGGCUGCUGCUGAAAACAACAAGCUCAAGGAAGAAAUGAGAAGUUUCCAUAGCCAGAUGGAUGACCUCAACUCUGAGAAUGCCAAGCUAAACGCAGAGUUGGUACGGUACAGAGAAGACCUUAACCAAGUGAUUUCCAUAAAGGACUCCCAACAGAAGCAACUUCUCAAAAUACAGCUUCAGCGGAUCCAAACUCUGGAAAAUGAGAAGGCAACCAUAGAAACACAGCUGAAAGAGUCUCAGCAUGCUCAGGAUGAUCUCAGGAAGUGCAUGGAAACCUUAAGGGAGGAUAAAGUCGCUAUGUCUCAAGAGAUUGAAAUCCUUGUGUCCUCUCUGUCCCAGGUGCAGAGUGAGAUGGCAGCAUUAAAUGAGGGAAGUCCCAUUGUGCAGUGUCGAGCAGAACUGAAGGCUCAAGAGAAAGAGGUACAAGAACUGAGUCGUGAGCUUUCCCUGUCCCAGAAAAGAGUGACAGAGCUCGAGGGGGAGCUAGAAUGUGUUCAGAGGGAUGCAGCCAAGAGAGUGGGAGAGGCUGAGGAUAGGCUUCGUAAGGAACUGAAGCACUUGCAUCAUGAUGCAGGGAUAAUGAGGAACGAGACCGAGACAGCAGAAGAGAGGGUUGCAGAGUUGGCAAGGGACUUGAUGGAAAUGGAACAGAAAUUGCUUGCAGUCACAGAUGAAAACAAAGAUCUCAGAGCUCAAAUUCAGUCUUUUGGGAGGUCCAUGAGCUCUCUUCAGGAUAGCCGAGACCAGGCCAAUGAAGAGCUUCAUGUUUUGAAACAGAAAUACUCUGAAGACUUAGAGGAACAAAAGAGUCUAGUGCAGAAUCUUCAGAGACAGAUGGCUCAGAUACAAGAGGAGCAAUGUUCCACUGCUAGGGAGCGAGAUACAGUGAGGUCUGAGCUGACAGAACUGCAGAAGGCUACUGAUGAAAGAGGUCUCUUAGCCCACAUUGAGAAACUUAAUCUGCAGCUCAGAGCUAAAGAUGAUGAGCUUCUCCGCUUGUCUUUGGAAUUGGAAGGCUCUUCCAACCAAGUAAAAUCUUUCUCCAAGGCUCUGGCAAGCCUGCAGAAUGACCGAGACCGUCUGCUGAAUGAAUUGGACAAAACACGUAAGAUUGAAGAAGUGAAACAACAAGCUGAAGGGAGCACUUCCACCACUUCUUCAGAAGUGCAGAGUCUGAAGAAGGCACUGGCCUCCUUGCAGAGUGACAGAGACAGAGUAGUAAGAGAACUGGAGAAUCUGCAGCAGCAAUACAUCCUGGUCGGGGUGGAAGCUGCUGAGAAUUCUCGCUUAAAGGCACAACUGCAGCAGUGGGAGCAAGAGGCAGAGAAACAGCUUUGUCUGCAAGAACAACUGAAGCAAGAAGGAGCUGUGUACCAGCAGGAGCUCCAGCAGCUCAGACAAGAGAAGACCACCUGGGAGAAGCAGAGCAGCAGCAUGAAGGAGCAGUACCUGAUGGCCAUAGCAGAGAAGGACAGGCAGCUGAGCCAUUUACAAAGGAUGACACAGGAAAUGAGGCUGCCCUUCAGCAAGUCUCAAACCAUAGAGGACCGACACCAAAGCAAGAUUUCUCCAGAAAUCUUGAAAGGGGACUUUUCAAGCCUAGAAAUAGAGAUGAAACACCUCCAGGCCCAGCUAAAUGACAGUCUGAAAGAACUGCACCAGAAAGAGCUCAGAAUUCAGCAGUUAAACAGCAAGCUAUCUCAGGUCUUCGAGGAGAAAAAUGCCCUCUCCCUCCAGCUCCGUGGGAGCAGUCGUGAGAGCCAUCAGCACUACAGCGAGAUCCUGAACCGCUGCCUGGUGCUCGAGAGGCAGCUCCAGGAGCUGCAGGCUGCAGACAAGAGCAUGGAGCUGUUUGCAACAGAUGCUGCUCCAGGAGCACCCCAAGAGAAGAAUGAACCACAGAGAGGCACUUACACACCUGAACUUCAGGAGCUGCAGCUGAGGUUGUCUGAAACAGAACAUUUACAUAGCAGCACAAAGCAGGAUAUGAAGUAUCUGGAGGAGCAGCUGGAGGAAGAGCGGGAGCGUUGUCUUGCUGCAGAGGAGGCACUUUUUGCAGCACAGGAUCAGAUCAGGAGGUUGCAGUCAAGUGAGUGGGGAUCUUCCUUAAGUGCCAGCAUGGAUAUGACUCCAGGUCACGAGCAGGCCUUGCUGAUUGACUCCAUGGAUAAUAACUCCAGCAGAACUCGGAGUACUCUUGGACUACGGCGGCUGUUACGCUCUCUCUUCCGCUCCAGGACCCACUUGCCUCUGCUAGUGGCCGUGUAUCUGCUUGCUCUCCAUGUCCUGCUCUUGCUGUGCUUUACAGGCCACCUGUGAACAGGAGCGACAGCCUUUUCUGGAGCCUCAGCCCUGUGCAUGCCGAGGCCUGCACACCCUCAUAGAAGGGCGGACUUGUCCCAGCUGCAGCCUUUCCCAAGCCAGCCCUGAAGCAGCAGCUGCUCCCAGCACCUGGGUGCUGCUGUCAGAGUCAGUGCUGGUGCUGGGGAGCUGCUCCCAGGAGAUCUGUCCUUCCCUUGGUGUUUCUACACGAGUGGUUCAUUUUCUGAGCCAGGGUUUUGCUACAAGCCUCAAGGACAGCAUCUGUUCCUGUACCUGGAAGUAGUACUACUCAUUAUAGAUAUUGUGCUGCAGUAGGAAGAAGAAAAAUACUCUUGAGUAGCUGCAGUACUUCAGCACUUCUAAAACUGCACAGUCUUCCCCUGCUUAGGCUGAAUCCAUGAGUGGGGUUGGGGGGACACUGUAGCUGGGUGUGAAAGAAUUGUCUUCCCUUUCUUCCGCCCCUUAGAUUUGCUCCAUGGCUCAGAGCUGUCUGAAAUGCAUAUCCUAAGGAAGUUAUGGGCACUUUAAGGAAUGUGAAUCUUAAAAUCGUGUUUCCUGCUCAAUUGCAUCUCCUGUUGAAGAAGGGCCAAAAUUCGUAUAUGUGGCCCUGGUUGAGCAUUCCAUUUAUAAUCAGUCAUAUGUCUGCCCUGACAAGCCUGUAAAACAAUACCAGUAAUUUAAUUAUUUAAAAGGAAUAGCAAACAUGAAAGUUUUUAGCUCUUAAGUUAAAAACCCUCCUAUUUAUAGCAUUUGUGCACCUCUCAUGAUGGAAGCUGCUGCCUUACCUCUAGAAAUUAGAGCAGCCCAGCUCCUGCAUUCUCAUCCACUAAAAAUUUGUCAUGAGUCCAGACCUGCUCAGGCUGUGUUGAAGGGGUCCAUAAUGUGCUGUGUGGGUCAAAGCAAAGGCAGAAACUCCAGAAAUGAACUCUCUCUCCCCUGUACUGAGGCAGGAGCCACAGUUCUGAAAUCUUCUGGUAUCUCUGGUGUUGAAAGCUAGUACUGGUGUUUGAGCAUGUUUGGACGCAAAUCAAGUUAUGCAAAUGGACUGGAUCUUUUAAGAUACGUGAAAAUUUCCAUAUGUUUUCUAAAAUCUGAAUUUCAGACUGCCCUCUUCCAAAAGGAGAAUGUUGAAUGCAAAAGAAGUUCCAGUCGCUGUCAGAUCCUGAGUGGUCGUUUCAUUCAGAGUGCUGGCCAGGAGAAUCCUAUCUGCCUCUUAGUAGAGCAUUAACAGUCACAUUUUUCCCAUGGGAAAGAGGUAGUUCUUUUGAUAUUGCUGGUAAACUAAGCUGCUCUAGCCAGUGCAGAAAGCCUGUUUGAGGAUGGAUUGAUUUCACUGGUAGCUAAACCAGCUGGAUCUCUGGCAGGUCCAGAGCACUGGCACUAUAUAUCCUUUUGUCCAUGAUUAUCAGCAUAACCUUCCUCUGACUGUGUCAAAUGCAGUGACCAAAUAGUUUGUCUGUAGCUUCCUGGGGUAUGGGCUCCUGUACGUAUAAUAAAGUUUAUUUUUCAGAUGGAA